AGUGUCAACGCUCUAUAAAGUAUGAAGAGAGUCCCCCUAUAGUGAAGGAAACAUGGCAGAUAAGAGGAAGCUACAAGGUGAGAUCGAUCGGUGUCUCAAAAAGGUAUCGGAAGGUGUGGAGCAGUUUGAAGAUAUCUGGCAGAAGCUCCAUAAUGCAGCGAAUGCCAAUCAGAAGGAGAAAUAUGAAGCCGAUCUGAAAAAGGAGAUUAAGAAGCUCCAGAGAUUGAGGGACCAGAUCAAGACAUGGGUUGCAUCCAAUGAGAUUAAAGACAAAAGGCAGCUAAUAGACAACCGGAAAAUCAUUGAGACGCAAAUGGAGCGGUUCAAGGUAGUGGAACGUGAGACCAAGACAAAAGCCUACUCUAAAGAGGGUUUGGGCCUGGCCCAGAAAGUGGACCCAGCCCAGAAGGAGAAAGAGGAAGUUGGGCAGUGGCUGACGAAUACAAUAGACACCUUGAAUAUGCAGGUGGAUCAGUUUGAGAGCGAAGUAGAGUCACUCUCGGUCCAGACGCGCAAGAAGAAAGGAGACAAGGAUAAGCAAGACCGGAUUGAGGGCCUGAAGCGGCACAUUGAGAAGCAUCGGUACCACAUCCGGAUGCUGGAGACAAUUCUGCGCAUGCUGGACAAUGACUCCAUCAACGUGGACUCUAUCCGCAAAAUCAAGGACGAUGUGGAGUAUUACGUAGAUUCUUCGCAAGACCCCGAUUUUGAGGAGAAUGAGUUUCUCUAUGAUGACCUCGACUUAGAAGACAUUCCACAGGCACUGGUAGCCACUUCCCCACCCAGCCAUAGUCACAUGGAAGAUGAGAUGUUCAACCAGUCCAGCAGUACACCCACCUCAACCACAUCCAGCUCCCCAAUCCCGCCCAGCCCUGCAAACUGCACAACGGAGAACUCUGAAGAUGAUAAGAAACGAGGACGGUCAACAGACAGUGAAGUCAGCCAAUCCCCAGCAAAGAACGGUUCAAAAGGCCUCCACCAGCCUCCUCCCACCAUCCCUCCCAGCUACCCGAUGGGCGGCAGCUCUAGCACAUCAUCCUCCGUGGGCAAUGGGCCUGACUCCAACAGCAACGGGGCAAUCGCUGGCAGUGGGAAUGCAAGCAACAAAGCUAACCUGGCAGGGCACGCACCGACUACCCCGACCCCUUAUGCGCAGGCUGUGGCACCCCUGCCUCCCAGCACCAACGCCUUGCAGCCCCGGCCUCCUAGCACCCAGCAGAACGCCAGCAAACAGAAUGGUGCAACUAGUUACAGCUCUGUGGUAGCCGACAGCAGCUCAGAUUCGACACUAAGCAGUGGCAAUCAGUUGUUGCCUAACCAGACAGCAUCACACAACCCACCCAGUGCUUCCACGAAGACGAAGCAGGUGAAAAGUGGGCACCCGAUAGGUGCUGGCCUGCAUUGUCAAGUGUUUGGGCUGCUAAGCACCAGCCUGCAUGCCUAUUCAGUGCUGCAGGAGCCGGGCUACAGCUACAUUGAGCCAGGAGCUUUUCAGGCCCUGGCCCUGGUGGCUGCUGCAGCUCUCAUGCCAGCUCUGUACCCCCACACACGGCAUGAGACCUGCAGCACCCACCAGAGCCAGGGCUGUAGCCUGGCACCUGCAGCACUGAUGGUUCUUCCUUUUUUGUUUGCUCCAGCUGACAUCUUAAUUACUAGCACAACAUCUCAGCCAGCCUCCAACCAGCCCCCCAUCCAGCUAUCAGAGGUGAACAUCCCCCUUUCCCUUGGGGUGUGCCCUCUGGGGCCCGUGCCUCUCAUUAAGGAGCAGCUGUACCAACAGGCCAUGGAAGAGGCCACCUGGCACCACAUGCCUCACCCUUCUGAUUCGGAAAGAAUCCGGCAAUACCUGCCUCGGAAUCCCUGUCCGACUCCUCCAUACCACCACCAGAUGCCUCCUCCACACUCCGACACGGUGGAAUUCUACCAGCGCCUCUCCACAGAGACUCUUUUCUUCAUCUUCUACUACCUGGAGGGUACAAAGGCACAAUACCUGGCAGCAAAGGCACUGAAGAAGCAAUCAUGGCGCUUCCAUACAAAGUACAUGAUGUGGUUUCAGCGGCACGAAGAACCUAAGACCAUCACUGAUGAGUUUGAGCAGGGCACUUACAUCUACUUUGACUACGAGAAAUGGGGCCAGCGCAAAAAGGAGGGUUUCACCUUUGAAUACCGCUACCUGGAAGACCGGGACCUGCAGUGAUGCCCUGGGGCCAGCAAGGGAUGCCAAGUUUUCCUUCCAGAGACAGCUGUGGUGGUGUGCUGGGGGCGGCGGCAAAGGAAGACCCACCUACCCCUCACCUCUGUUCAUCUUCCUCCCCAGAUCACAACUGGGGUGGGAGGGGGCAAGCCGCAUGUUUUUUAAAAAAUGCAUGCAAGUUUUAAAAAUGACCGCAGGACAGAGGAGGAGGGGCAGCAGCAGUGGCAGGCUCCUCCUCUGCCUUUUCUUUGCUCUGUUCUGCCUGUGAAGAGGUCAGAAACGGGGAAAUGCCCUUCCUGCGCACCAGGUUUGGGUGCCAGAGUGGAGAUUAAAAGGGAAAAAAAAUGAGAAUCCCACCAAAAGAGUGACUUCCCCCGUUCUCCAUUUUGUGUGUGUGUUCUAAAUAAGAGCAUUUCAGUCCCGUAAUUAUUUUAGCAAACACAAACACCCCACUUGCCCUUUUGCCAGCCCUCUCCAAACUUUUUUUGGUGCGAACUCUGUCCCCCAUUUGGCUAGAUGCCCAAGUAUGAUCUUGACCAUAGUGGGUCCCAUGAACCUUUAAAGUGACCAUUCUCUGACCUCCUCGUCCACUUGCCACUGCUGGAAAUGGCAAAUUGGCAAAAAUAAUAGGAUUGCAAAUUUGGACGCAUCAGCCUCAAGUUACAAAGGCUCCCCGUGACCACGGAAAUUCUUGUGGAUUGGCUCCUGUCAGUUUUUGGCCGCCAUAAUUUUUGACCUGCGUUUUUUGCAAGUUUAAGGAUAACCCCUUAAAGGCCAUCUACCGUCAUCAUGCCCUUAGUCAUCCUCAUUUGGAAGAGACUCUUUCCUGACUGGAACAAUGACUUUUGGGAUUUUACCUUCUCCCCCCUCCCCAACGCUGCUUCUCCUUUCCAACCUUCCAAAAUAUUGCCACCGUAAAUUUAAUAAGCGCUUGUAUCUAAUCUGCUGCUCCUCCCACAGGAAGACACCCCCCUCCCCAAUAAGACUUGCAAUUUAUUCCUAAUUGAAAAGGAGACAUUUGGGAAAACUUGUUUUUUUUUGGGGGGGGGGGGGGCGGAGGUGGGACUGAUCUCUCUUCUCAUCCAGCCCCCUGAACUGGAGCAUCCUGCCCAUGCCUCUGUUAAGAUAUUUUUUCGUAAGCCUAUUUUCAUUUUGGAAAAUAUUUAUGAAUAAAUAGUUUUAUAUGAGUGUU